AUGCAGAAUCUCGAGUUGCGAGAGCUGUCCGGCUUGACGUCCAAGUAUCGAGCGCAUCUCAUCAAGGGUGAGCAUCUUUCGACACGGUGUUGAUGCGUUUGGUGGAACUCUAGUUCGGCUGGGCAGCUUGAAUCCUUGGCAAUCCGCUUGGAGCCCGUACUCCAUUAAAACCGGGCGUUGAUUGACGCGUCGCGGCGCGGUCAUUCCACGGAUCGACGUCGACUGCAGUCGAAGCCCAUCCCUUCAGUCUGAAAGCCCAAGUCCGAUACUGAUGAGUGAUUCAACCCUGUCUAGCUGGCUACAUCACCGCAGCCGAGGUGCUCCUCGCUCCGCCCACCACCGUGGCCAAAAGGACCACGCUGCCGGGAAAUGAGAUCGAGGCGCUCCUGACCGAACUCUCGACCGUGCUCUUGUCCAGCGCGGCGCAUCGAUCUUUAACCGUCGCCGACCUGGUCCGAGCUUCCCCGACCAUCUCGUAUCGUGUCCCGGCCGCAGCGCUCACUCUAGCUCCAUGGCCGAUGACGACGACGACUGGGGACUUUGGCAUCGACAAGCUUCUCGACGGCGGGAUCGCCAUAGGAUCCGUGACCGAGAUUGCGGGAAAGGCGUAUGUCGCGACGCAAGUGUCUUGCUCGGGACACGACACGAAUCAGAGCUGACCCCGGCUUUGACUUACAGAUCAUCUGGCAAGACACACUUGUGUCUUCAGGUCGCACUCAGCGCUCAAUUGCCCGUGUCGAGGGGCGGAGCUGCAGGUGGAACGAUCUUCAUCUCUUCCGAAGGCAUGGUCCCUUCGUCACGCCUGCUCUCUCUCGCCAGAUCGAUCUGCACCGAUAUGGAUGUGAAAAAAGAUGACAGUGAAGAUUUAUUCACACCCUGGGACCUCAUGGACAAUGUUCACACCGAAAAAGCGCAAGACGUCGAGACCCUCGAGCAUCUGCUCGCCUUUGUUGUGCCGGCUUUCAUCGAGCGAACGCGCAGGAAUUCUGAACUCGGUGUCAUCGCCUCAACCUCUCAGCUCGAUGGCCCAGGAUACGAGCUCCCUGCACGGACCAAGCCUCAAAAGGCGCCGUUGCCGAUCAAGAUGAUCAUCGUCGACUCGAUCGCAGCGCCGAUGCGGGGCGACAUGUCGGCCUCGUCAGUGGGGCUUGCGGCCCGUGCCAAAAAUUGCGGCGUCAUUGGUGACUGGCUCAAACGACUGGCACAUGUAUAUGAUUGUGCAGUCGUCGUAGUCAACCAAGCUACCGAUAUCAUUACAGGAGACCGCGCCCCGCUGGGCUUUCUCGACGCUCCGGGAGACCGUCGACGGUAUUUGCGCGACUCGGAGAUGCCACCACCGCGGAUACCCUCCCCAUCGAUGCUACGACAACCGUCCUCAAGUCCCACUCCCGGCGGAGGUGUGAUGUCAUUCGCAGGAAAACCCGCGCAUGAACGCUACGGACUUCCGCUCUUGCUCUACAAUCGCUGCCAAAUUCCUCAUUUUUCGGGCCAGAGCCGUUCGCUGCGCUCGACGGCCGCGCUCGGCCACGCUUGGUCCAACAUCGUCAAUACGCGCAUCAUGCUCAGCAAAACGGGUCGUCGCAAAAGAUUGGUCGACGAGGACGACAAGGAACUGGCCUCAGGACCCGAAGGCCCGGAGAAAGAAGUGAGACUCAUGUCGCUCGUGUUCUCGCCCAUGGUGCCCCGAGCGACGAUAGAGUACGUCCUCAUCGAGGAAGGGGUGAGAAGCAUUGAGAUGCCGAUCAUGAGACCUUCGAAUUAUGUGCCGGAACCUUUGGAUCAAGAGGCGGACGAAUGGAAUGCCUCGCCACAGCAAACGCCUCUUCCGCCCCCGACGCUUCCACCCGAUGACUCGGCGACGGCGCAAAAUGGCUUGAACGGCGAGGCGGAUACUGAGGCGGAACUUCUUGACUCUGCUGUCUUGGCAUUGGAAGACAUUGUCGAAGACAGUCAAUUCGAUAGAGCUGCUUUACUUUUGGCCUGA